AUGGAAGCACUGAACUGCAUACUCCUCUUUCUCCUCACCUUCAUCUUCCUCAAAUUCCUCCAUUCUCUCCUCACAAAACAACACAACCUCCCCCCAGGUCCUCGAGGUCUUCCCAUCAUUGGCAACCUCCAUCAACUAGGCCAAAAGCCUCACCAAACCCUAACCACACUCUCCAAAACCCACGGUCCAAUAAUGACCCUAAAACUAGGCCAAAUAACCACCAUAGUUAUGUCCUCAUCACAAACUGCUAAAUCAGUUCUUCAAAUCAAUGACCAAUAUCUCUCUAACAGAACUGUCCCUGAUGCAAUGAGAGGCUCUAACCACCAUAACUACAGUUUACCAUUCAUCCCUCUAUCUCAACGCUGGAAAGACCUCAGAAAAAUCUGCAACAACUUACUAUUCUCCAACAAAAACCUCGACUCGAAUCAAGCACUCAGACACAAGAAGCUUCUAGAACUUUCAAACGAUAUAUACGAAAGUGCUGCAAAAUUUGAAGCUGUUAAUAUCGGAAGACUAGCUUUUAAAACAACCUUAAACAUGUUGUCCAAUACAGUUUAUUCAGUUAAUUUGGUUCCGUCGAGUGACAAAGCCGGUGAGUUUAAGGAGUUGGUUACAAAUAUUAUGAAGGAAGUUGGAAGAGCAAACGUUGCUGAUUGUUUUCCUGUGUUGAAGAUUUUGGAUCCUGUUGGUAUUAGAAGAAGAACUGGCGAAUAUUUUGGGAAGUUGUUGGAUUAUUUUAGAAAGUUGGUUGAUGAAAGGUUGAAGAUGAGAGAGUUGAAGAGCUAUUGUGGUAAAAGUGAUAUGUUAGAUACUAUGCUUAAUGAUGAAAAUAACAAUGGUGAAAUGUAUGAAGAUAAGAUUGAACGUUUAUCAGUGGACUUGUUUGUGGCAGGAACUGACACAGUGACUUCAACCGUAGAAUGGGCAAUGGCUGAAUUACUUCACAACCCAAACAUUAUGUCAAAAGCAAAAUCAGAGUUAAACGAGCUUAUUGGCAAAGGAAACUUGGUCAAGGAAUCAGACAUAGCAAAACUCCCUUACUUACAAGCAAUAGUAAAAGAAACUUUUAGAUUACACCCAGCAGUUCCAUUUUUACUACCAAGAAAAGCUGAAAUGGAUUUAGAGAUAAAUGGCUAUAAAGUCCCAAAAGGUGCACAAGUGUUGGUGAAUGUUUGGGCUAUUGGGAGGGACCCAGAUUUAUGGGACAAUCCAAAUGAGUUUUUGCCUGAGAGAUUUUUGGGGUCAGAUAUUGAUUUUAAAGGUAGGAAUUUUGAGUUGACACCUUUUGGUGGUGGGAGAAGAAUUUGUCCUGGUUUACCUUUGGCUAUAAGAGUGCUGUUUUUGAUGUUGGGUUUGUUUAUUAAUUGUUUUGAGUGGGAGCUUGAUGGUGGAAUCAAAGCUGAGGAUAUGAAUAUGGAUGAUAAAUUUGGACUUACUUUGGAGAAAGCUCAACCUUUGCUAGCUAUUCCAAUUAAAGGCAGGCAAUGA